AUGGUUAAUCCACUGCAGUUCAAAUUUCUGGGAGAAGGAGUGGGAGCUGAAGAUCAAGAAGUCGUAAUAAAGACAGAAUGCAAGCCAUUAAAGGCUGACGUCACCAAGGUCCCCGGAAGUGCCUCCUCAGAGAGAGGAGGCGGCGGAGGCGGAGGCCAGAGGCAGAGGCCCCUGGCGUUUGUACCGUGUAUCAUGGCUGACAGAAGACAUAACAUGUGUUCUGACGGACACCAUGUCAACCAAAGACUUCCCAGAAAACGAGGGUCACCUCAGAGUCUUCACAGUGAUCGCUACCUUAGCAUAUUUAACAUUGUGCCAAGGCAGCCACCACCGCUGGAAAGAGAAGGAUCACUACUAAAGACACCACCGCUGUGUGGGGAGAAAGCACGACUGCUAGACAAUCCUGGUCAAGGAAGCUACAAUAGAUAUUACAGUUUAGCCGGUCACGAAGAAUAUGACAAGGGCCAAACAUCUGCUCCUGAUCAAGGAAGUGUUCCACCUCAGAAAGGAGAUGAAGCUAGCAAUCAAUGGUCAAGAUACAAUCCUUCUGCAAGCCCCCAGAGUUAUAAUAGGGAUGAGAGAGAUAGCUGUACAAGACAACGUUUCUUCUCUUCCAAGUAUACCAAACACCAGUCUCCUCAUACAAAGGAUACAGCAUGUUUUGGAGAGCCACUGUUAGACCAAGAAGCUUCUCCUGUCAGUAACAGGAGGUACACUCCAGUCCAAGGAGAAAAUUACUCUUUUGGACAGCCUCAGCAGAGAAGAGAAAAAAGGAAGGUCGUGAUUUCGGACACAUCAAGAUACAUUUCUCUCCGAAAUUCUGAACCAGCUACUUCAUCAAAGGUGUUAGAAGAUAAAUCCAGAAGGCUAACUGAAAAGGAGCUUUGUGAAGCUGUAAGGGCGUGGGCUGCCCAAACCUCUGAGGCAUCACAGGAAAGCGGCAUCUCUGAAUUUGAGGAGGAACUUACAAGACCAUUAUUCAGUAAGCAUACAGUCCCGCCACCAGCAGAUGCAGAAGACAGCACAGAAGUAUCUGAAGAUAGUCAGCUUGGCAGUUCCUUUACACCAAUAGAUUCAAAAGUCAAAGAGAUUGAAGACGUUUACCAACAAUACAGUGAAACUUUUGGGAUGGUGGUGAGAAAGUUGAUUGAAAAGGAUCCUUCACUAGAAAGGCCUAUACAGUUUGCACUGAGUCAAAAUUUACAAGAAAUAGGUGACCGGCUUCUUAAAGAUCUCAAAGAUUUUAUUGCAGAGUAUCAUGCUAAUCAAGAUAUUGCGGAGUCUUCUUAG